AUGUUGCUGCUCGUGCUGCUGUCAGUCUUCGGCCUGGCUUGGGGUAUGAACUCCGUUGCUGUCGGCAAUGGCUAUUAUGCCACCGAUUGCCGGAUGGCCAUGUCUGCCGAUGGCACCAAGAUGGUUGCCGGAACCAACGUUAAUCUUUACACCAGCACUGACUCGGGUGCAACUUGGACACAGAGUACUGAGCCUGGCACCGGGAAUUGGCAGGGCUUGGCCAUGUCUGCUGACGGGUCUAAGAUUUCUGCCGCUCCGUCCAGUCCGACCUUCUGGAUCAGCGACAACGGCAGCGAGAAUUGGAGGAACAUCUCAUACAGCAGCAGCUCUUGGACAGCUACUGCUAUGUCGGAUGAUGGCUCCGUCAUCGUCGUUGCCUCGAGUAGCGAAAUCUUGACAAGCACGGACGGCGGCCUGAAUUGGACGAAGCACACAGCCGGGCAGUACGUGUCGUACCGCUCCGUGGCUUCGACAGCCAACGGCUCCUACCUUGCGGCGGUGGCCCCAAAUACCCAAGUUUUUGGAGGCAUUUUCCUCAGCACGGCGAAUUGGGAGACUCAGCACCAGGCGCCAAAUGAUGGAAACGGAAUUCGUGACAUUGCCCUGUCGGCUGAUGGCAUGAUUCAGAUCGUUGCUGUGGAAAGUGCACCCCCCUGGGUGAGCUUCGACAUGGGCGCUUCAUGGACUGAGUUCACACUUGCCGGUCGGAACCAGUACGACACACAGUGGCUGUAUGGAUGUAAUGCGGUAGCGCUGUCUGCCGAUGGCUCCAAGAUGUUCGCGUGUUGCACGUCGACCUCGAACGGCCUCGAGUACGCAUGGCUCAGUGGCGAUGGUGGGACGACUUGGGGGACAGACCCCAACGUCGAGUUCGAUGUGAACGGCUGUUGGUCUGCCAGCCUGACCACGGAUGGGUCGAUGGGCGCGUUUUCAGGUGCGAAAGACGGCCAGGCAUAUGUGGUUACCUUUGCUCCAGUGUAUCCAACAACCACCACGACAUCCACCGCCUCCACCGCCACCGUCACCACCGCCACCGUCACCACAAGCACGGCCAGCGCCACCACCAAGACGGAAACGGAAACAACGUAUACGGACACAACGACAGCCACGGCCACUUCCACGGUAACGGUUACGGCCACGGUGUCUUCGACGGCCACCAGCACUGGCACCGCCACCACCACCGCCGACACGAGCGACCCGACCGACGAGACCACGACCACACUGGCACCGGUCCCCACUGUGGUUGAAGUUUCCAUGGAGCUCACCGUGGACGACCCCACCGUGAUUACCGAGAACGAGACGUUGAAGGAAGCCAUGGUGGACGGGUUUGCCAGCGCUAUGGGAGUGGAUCCGUCACAGGUGACGGUGGAGUUUGUGGAGGUCAACGCACUUCGACGCCUCGGCACAAGGAGGCUCUCCACGACGCUUGUGGCCAUCUUCAAGGUGACCCUUCCCAGUGCGCAAGCAGCUGAGGAAGCGAAGGCCUCGAUUGAGCAGGUCUCCGUGACCGACACCAACACGGCCAUCGCUAAGGCGGUCGCGGACGUGGGCUACACUGGCACGCUGGAGGUCAGCGGCAAGACGGCGACGGUUGUCACCACCACCACCACCACCACCACAAGCAGCGGCUCGGAGGAGGAUGACAAGGAUGACCAGGGCGCCAGUGACGCGACGUCGAAGGUGAUGACUACGGCCUUUUUGGCUGUCAGUCUCUCUGCUUUCUUGUGA